GUUUAACUGAAUCUGAAAAUCCCACGGGCCCCUUGGUCGGGGAGAGCUCCACGGGUGUUGGGGUGCCACUUGCGCACUCUCCAGCCACCCCACAACCCAACCAAGCGAGUCGAGCCUGCUACCAUCGACUGACAUGGCUACAAACUACAACUCGAUCUCACGAGACUUAAGUCCCAUCGCGUCCUCCACCUCGUUCAAGCGACGGACAGCCCGAUGGUACUUUCAAAUGUUUCUCAUCAACUUCAUCGAGUUUGCCGCGGAGUCGUCUCGCGGCAUUGUCAUGCCGACGCUCUUCCUCUACUGCCAAUCACUUGGCGGCACCCUCGUCGACAUGGGCUUGCUCACGUCCAUGUUCAGCGUUGGUCGUCUCAUCUCGUCGUUUGUGUUUGGCUGGAUGUGCGAUCGGUACACGUUUCGCACUGUGUACAUCUUGUCAUCGUCCAUUGGAAUCCUCGGCAACGUGAUCUACCUGUUUGCGGACUCUCAUGUGCUCAGUAGCCUCGAAGUGCUGCUCGUGUCGCGGUUCAUUGUCGGGUUCGGAGCCGGGAACCGCAGUGUUUGCCGCGCCGACGUCGCGCGCAUGACGUCCGUGGAACAACGCCUCAAGUACAUAACGAUUUUGUGCAUGGUGGUGUUUCUCGGGUAUGCGUUGACGCCUGGCAUGGGCGCCGUUCUUGUUGGGGUCGACACGAGCAUCAUGGGGCUGCAUCUGCAUGAGCUGACUGCCCCCGGUUUCACUUUGACCAUUCUCAACUUGAUGACCUUGCUGUUCAUGAUCCUUUCGUACGACGAAAGCAUGAACUCCGACCACGCACCAGUCUCUACACCCGUCUUGACCGGCAAGGCAAGCAAGGAUCCCGGGCUGGCGUCGCCGCUCAGCUCAUAUGAGCUCCCGACCAAUUUAGUGUACAUCGGAGUUGGAGUCUUCAUCGUGCUCAACAUCAUCGGUCGCGGCAUUCUGUCGAUCUUUGAAACGAUCAACGUGCCGCUGUACUUGGACGUGACGGGGUAUUCAAAUGCGAACGCUGUCACGUCGGCCGCGUCGUUCCAGUUCAACAUGGGUCUCCUCGGGCUGCUCAGUUACUUGUCGAUUGAAAUGUUUCGCCACAAGAUUACCGACACUGCGUGGCUCUUGAUUGGGCUGAGUUCGCUCGUCGUUGGCAAUGCGCUGCUCUAUUUUUUGUGGCCGCUCACGUUCAACGAGAUGGCCAUUGGUGUGUUCUUUGUCUGGAGCAUCGGCAGUCCGCUGAUCACGGCCGUGUCGGUCGCAGCCUUCUCGAAAAUCCUCGGGUCGAGGCAGCAAGGGACUUGGAUGGGCAUUCUCGGAUCGUCGGCGUCUGUGAGCCGCAUCGUGCUGCCGCUCCUCCCUGCCGUUUUUGCCACAUUCGAUCCCAUGUUCCUCAUCAGUUUGAUCAUGUCGUCCGUCGGAAUUGUUCUACUCGUUUGGUACGAGCGCCUUGUCCACAAUGACAAAGCCGCGCAUACCUCGACGCGCUCCAUCUCGAUGGUGUAGGUGCGCUUUUCGAUGGAUUUCUAUAUCGCCAUCGCCUGUAGGAUAGAUGUACAUAAAGAUGCACGAGAUGUAAACGAAUUCAACACGUUUCUCGAUGCCGACAGCCAUCUUUGGCCACAUGUG